AUGAGCGCAUCGAAGCACAUCGGCACAGAUGCCUUGACUCAAGGAAUACCACCAGUCUUCUGCCUCAUACUGGCUGUCACAGCAAUCGCCAUCCAGGGCACAUCCUUGAAAGAAUUGCGGUCUCAUGUUGGUACCGGCCACAUCCUUCAGAAGUCCCCAAGCGAUCCUGUUUACCGACUAUCGAACGUACCGAGGACCGUCGACUAUGCAGUGAACAAUCUCUCCAUAGCAGCUGCUGUCAUAUGUUUGGUAGCAGCGUUGAUCCAGACCAGUGGCAAGGUAGCUAUCACCUGCGGAUUGCAGAGCGAGCAAGUGAGCUGA